AAAUAAAAAAAAAAAGUUAAAAGCGUCACCAAGAAAACGGAAAAAGAGAAGGCUUCUAAAGUACUGUUCCAAACCAUACUGCAGUGAAAGAGUGAAGACUGAAGACCAAACCUUUUUCUUUUUUUUUUAAUCUCUCGCUGCUCUUCCCUCCGUCAACAGCCAGCCAGCCAGCCAGUCUUCACCAUGCGGUUGCCUAUGCUGUUUAUCUGCAAAAUUUCAUUCUCAACCUCCAAACUCUUGGACUAAAUUCAUUGCAAGCCCCAUGUCUACACACGUAGCUCUGUUGCUUGUUUGUACCUCAGUUCAGUAAUGGAGGAGGUCUUGGCUCCGACUUGUCGGCGGACUUGAGCUAUAGUCCUUUUUCACCAUGGUUUCUUCUGCCCCACUGGAUCAUGCUCUCUCUUCUCCAUGCUUCAGCUGCUUCCACGCCAAUGAGCUACGCUUCUAGUCACCAUCUCCUGCUGCUCCUUUGCUUGCCCGAUCUCGCCGUCGGCGGCUUCCUUUUUCCCCGUAUAGUCAGAUCUGGUUUUUCAGCUCAGUUACCGUGACUUUCACCUGGCGUCACCGGUGAUGUCGGUGCCUCCUGAAGCAGCAGCAGCAGCCUCAAUUAAUGUCACCACUGGAGCACCGAGAAAGCUGCGGGGAAAUCUUUUUGUGGUCUUGGGUUACCUUAUUCUCAUUGCUUAUGUGAAUUCAGCUGGGGUUAAUGCUGAAGAACGAUUCUUGUCUCCAAUUGAGGCGCCUAUGUUAGGGCCACCUGUUUCAGAUCUGCCCCUGCCAUCAGUAACAGAACCUGGGUUCCACAAAUCUCACAGAAAACAUUUCUCACCUCUUGGUUCACCACCAUCAGUGGUUGCAGCCCCUGCUAACCCUCCUAAUUAUGAUCCAUUAGUAACUUCAGCUCGCCCACCAACUAGCUCGCGCUUGUCUAAACCAUCGAUGAAGAAGAGUGGGUCAUCACCGCCUGGUGUUGGAUUGAUUGUUCUUGCACCACUCCAGUCCGAUCCUGGCGACAGGCUUUCUGGUUUAGCUCGCCCUCCUCUCUCUCCAGAUGCUUCUGAUUGUUGUGGUCCAGAAUUGGUUUUGAAGCGAGGUAGUCAUGGCUGCCACUGCGUGUAUCCAAUAAAGCUGGACCUUCUUCUCUCGAAUGUCUCACAAUCACAUAACUGGGACAUGUUCCUUCAGGAGUUAGCUUCUGAGCUGGGUUUGCUGGUUUCUCAGAUUGAGCUCAUCAACUUCUAUUUUCUCAGCUUAUCGAGAUUAAACAUUUCGAUGGACAUUAUUCCUCACAGUGGAGUCAGUUUUUCUGCCAGUGAUGCAUCGAAAAUAAACUCUUCCCUUUACUUGCAUAAAGUUAACUUUGACCCUACCCUUGUUGGUAAUUACAAACUCCUCAAUCUUACCUGGUUUCAACUGCCACCGCCUAGCCCAGCUCCGGUUGCCACUUCAUCACCAAUGCAAGCACCAGUGCAUCCAUCUUCAAAUUCUACAUCCGCAAGUGUAUCAAAUAGAACAAAGCAUUCAUAUACGCUUUUAAUACUCAUUGUUGUUGGUGCUGCUAUCUUGACAAUUUCCAUUAUAUCUACGGUUUUAAUUUGCUCAUGCGUGUCACGUGGAAGGAGAACUGAACCGCCUCCAGAAGAACCUGAGAAGCCGAGGACCACAGAUACUGCACCUGUAGCAGGACCUGUCCCAUAUCCUUCUAGUACACGUUUCCUAGCUUAUGAAGAACUUAGAGAAGCAACCGGGAACUUUGCACCAGCUAGCAUACUUGGAGAAGGCGGGUUUGGUAAAGUUUUCAAGGGUGUCUUGACUGAUGGCACAGCUGUUGCAAUUAAGAGGCUCACCAGUGGAGGUCAACAAGGGGGUAAAGAAUUCUUAGUGGAGGUUGAGAUGCUUAGUAGAUUGCAUCACCGUAAUCUUGUCAAACUUGUUGGAUACUAUAGUAGUCGUGACUCUUCGCAGAACCUACUUUGUUAUGAGCUUGUUCCAAAUGGAAGCUUAGAGGCUUGGCUCCAUGGUCCUCUAUGUGCUAAUUGUCCUCUAGAUUGGGACACCAGAAUGAAGAUUGCUCUGGAUGCUGCCAGAGGCCUUGCUUACCUACAUGAGGACUCCCAGCCGUGUGUUAUCCACAGGGAUUUUAAGGCAUCCAACAUUCUGCUUGAAAACAAUUUCCAUGCUAAAGUUGCAGAUUUUGGACUUGCCAAACAGGCCCCCGAAGGCAGAGUAAAUUACCUCUCCACGCGAGUGAUGGGAACAUUUGGAUAUGUAGCGCCGGAGUAUGCUAUGACUGGGCAUCUACUGGUGAAAAGUGAUGUAUACAGCUAUGGAGUCGUGCUGCUCGAGUUGCUCACCGGGAGGAAGCCUGUAGAUAUGUCGCAGCCAUCUGGACAGGAAAACCUCGUGACUUGGACGAGACCAAUUCUUCGUGACAAGGACCGACUAGAAGAGCUGGUGGAUCCAAGGCUCGGAGGGAAGUACCCAAAGGAAGACUUUGUACGAGUCUGCACAAUAGCAGCAGCUUGUGUCGCCCCAGAGGCGUGUCAACGACCCACCAUGGGUGAAGUGGUGCAGUCACUGAAAAUGGUGCAGCGAGUGACCGAGUAUCAAGAAGCCCCUCAGCCUGUGGCAUCGAGUGCCAGGCCAAACAUGAGACAGUCGUCCACCAUGUUUGACUCUGACGGGACAUCUUCCAUGUUCUCGUCGGGUCCUUUCUCGGGGAUGAGCACGUUCGAGAAUGAUAACUUCUCGCGCACUGCGGCUUUCUCGGAAGAUCUUCAUGAAGGACGGUGAGCUCUUGGAAUGGGUUUAGUAGCGUAGGAAUUUUUGCUUGCGAAUGGUAGAGACAGUAGAUUGGUUCUUGAUUGUGUGUGCGGGAGAAUGGGGAAGGAGAACAAACCACUGGGAAGUCACCGUGGCUCGUGGGAGUGGUGGGAUAUAGUGGAAGGCAACUUAACUGGUUUGCUUUCGUCCUAGAUUGUGAGAAUUUUGUAAAUAUAUGGCUUCCUUGUUGUAGCUUGUAUUAUUCUAUUAGACUUCAAAUGGGGUUCUCGCCGUUUAUGCGAUCUAUUGAUGUUCAUCUGAUUUCUAUCUGUUGUACAUUUGACGGUCUUGUUAUGUUGCUGGAUAGGCUGCUACUCAGCUGAUUGGAGUUAACGUUAAGAAUGUCCAAAUUUAAGUUGUCCAUUUAAUCUCUAAACUAAGCAGUUUUAUCCACGUGGCAUACUUGAGUCGAAGACGAUAAAGUUAGUUCAAUUGUUAACUUUA